AUGACUGCAAAGCAUGCUUUAAAGCUGUCGUCUAUUUUUGCUUUCUUUGAAAAUGAUAGCAAGGCUAUCAAAAAAGGAGAAAAUGCACUGGAAUCGAAUCACGUUCAAAAGAUGCAGUUUGAUGCUGGUUUAAUGAUUAUAAGGGGCCAAGUACAAGCUAGCAUGAAGGAUAAAGAGUAUAAAGUUGAGAUAAACUUAAACAAUUCAGGAGAGAUUGGAACAGCAAAAUGUAUGUGUCCCCGUGGAAUUAAGUGUCACCACAUAGCAGCAUUAGCACUUUUUGGACACUAUAAUAUAUCCGUGACAGAUAAAGAAUGUACUUGGAAUGUUCCUAAGUCCAAAAGUGCUCCAUUAAAAACAGCUGAAGAAUUUUAUCCAUCAAAGCCCUUCAAAGCAGUUGAAGGAAACAUGAGUGAAGAAGCCAAAAACAAACUGAGGGAACAACUAAGCACCUUUGGUAAUACUGUGGGGUUCACUUGGCUCUUACAAGAGGACAACCAUGGUAGACUCAAUAUGAACCUUCCACUCAUCGAAGACAUUGUUACUGGCAAGGAUUUCUAUGAGGCUGAGAACAAAUUAGAAUACUUCAAGAUACAAGUUGCAAUUGAAGACAAUGUGAUUCAUGAAAUCACAAUGGCAACUGUGGGGCAAGUGUCUAAUGAGAGGUGGUACUUGGCCCGAAAGUACAGAUUAACGGCAAGCAACUUUGGUCUGAUAAUUUCUGCUUGUAAAAGAAACAGAUACCCAGAGAGCCUUUUCAAAACCCUUUUUGGAUCUUACAAUUUGGAUGGCAUAAAAUCUAUUCAAUGGGGAAGACAUCACGAAAAGGACGGAUUGAAUUAUUUGAAGGAAAACUAUCAGCUUGAAGUGAAACCAACUGGCAUAUGGUUGACAUGUUCAGAACUUUUGGGGGCAAGUCCUGAUGGCUUAGUUGGAGACGAUGCCAUUGUCGAAGUUAAAUGUCCCUAUUCUUUCAGGAAUGAUGUUUUGUCAGAAAAACUUAAAUCUGACAAAAAAUACAUCAUUUAUUAUAAUGAAAAUGGUGAAAUGUGUUUGAACACAGAACAUAACUAUUAUCACCAAAUUCAGGGAAAUUUGUCAAUAUUAAAAAGACAAAAAUGCUACCUUGUCGUAUGGACACCCAAAGAAGCAAUAGUAGUGAUGGUGGAAUACGAUCCUGCUUGGGAAAUACACAUAGGCAUUUUGGAAAAUUUUUAUUUUACUCAGUAUUUUCCCAAAUUAAUUAAAGAUUAAAAAUUGUAUAUUUUCGUUUACUUUAAGGAUUUCUUAGCGACUAACAGUUUGUAACCG